CAAGCAUACCUGUACAUUUAAAUGCUCUUCAUCAUAUGCUUGUUCAAUAUGACGCUCUUGAAACAGGCCAACAAGAAAUAAAUCAUUGGUUAAACAAUUGUGAAGAAUUUUUGUCCACAUUAAAACUAAGUAAAAGUCAAAAAGAAUUACAUGAAGAUAUUGAAUACUUAAAGAGCAUUUUAGUACGCAUGUCGUAUUAUCAGUCUAUGUUAUCGAGCAAGAAUAAAAUAUUCCAAAGCAUUAUUAAAUCAAUUCAACCAGAGAAAGAUCAAGGAAAUAAUUCAGAGUUUGUACAAACAAUGGCUGAUCUGAACGCUAAAUUUUCUAGAAUAACUCAAGAAUGUCAACAAUGGGAUAUGAAAUUACAACAAACUUUGAGAUGUUGGCAUAAUUUUAUUGAAAUAGAAAAAGUUAUGCUAGAUUGGAUUGAAACUAGUAACCAAAUAUUUUUAGAGGAACAAACAAGUUCAAGACAAAAUUUAGAAUCCCAAAAAGGGUAUUUUGAGUAUUCAAAUAAUAAUAAAUGGAUUACUGAGUUAGAAAAUGUUGAAGGCGAAUUACUUAGAUGUAUCUUACCAAGUGAACAAGAAAUAAUAAGAAAUAGAUCUAAAGAAAUAAAGUUAAAAUAUCAAGAAUGUUUAAGUAUGGUCCCAGCAUACAUGAAAAGAAUUGAAUUUAAAAUAAACGAAAUUACAUUCAAUCAAUGUAUAAAUGAAGCAGAAAAAGAACUUAACAUUGAGCAACAAAUGAUUAAUAGAAAUGAAAAUGUAAACUUGAUACUCAAAAGGARCAUUGAAUAUUUUGAUAAUGGUAUGAUAGUUAAAGAACUUAAAACAUGUUUAAAUAAUAUGUUUGUCGAAAGUAAAAAAAUAUCAAAUCCAUCUAUUGAUUCAAGUCUAAAGAAAUCAAUUAAUCGAAUUGAAAGCAUAGAAAAAAGAACUUCAGAAAUAAGACAAAAGUGUAAACAAAUACCUAAUCAACUUCAAGAUUAUAAAUCUAAAUUUAAUAAUCUAGAAAAAUGGAUGAAUGCAGUUGAUUUAAGUGUUGAAAGAUUAUUAAAAGGACUUUUAAAUGACGAAGAGUUUGAAAAAGAAAAAUCUAUAUUCCAAGAAAUUUGUCGCGAUGUAGAUAGUAAACGUGAUGAUAUGAAAUGGAUGGUUCAAGUACUAGAUAGCCUAUUACCUUAUGUAUCUGGAGAACAGCAACAAGUAGAACAAAAAAAUCUUGAAGAAUUAAUUGGUCGAUAUAAACAUUUAAUACCAACUAUAGACAUGACGAUUACUAAAACUGAGAUGUUCACUAAAUGCUUUAUAUACAAAAAAGAGGUUACAGAAAUUGGAAAAAUUUUAGAAAAUGCCAAACAUGAACAAUUUGCUAAUAAAGGAGAAUCGUUGGAUGAUUUAAGUGAACUCAUUAAAAAUCAGGAACAAAUAAUUGACGUACUCAAUAAACAACGAACGAUUGUAAUGUCUACAUUGCAACGAGGAAAACAAUUAGUGAAAAAUUCAUCUUGUGUUCCAAAUUUUAUUCCUCAACUAGUUUCCAAAUUGGAAACAGAUUGGAGUCUUGUAUAUAACAAUUCUAUUGAUAAAUUCAAUAAAUUAAAAAAUGCUCAAAAGCUAUUAAUAGAAUAUACAAAAACUAAAAAUGAAGUUAUGGAAAUAAUUAAAAAAGCUGAAAAUGAAUUAAAGACAGUAUCUGAUGAUGAUAAACAUAAUUCACAAGAAAUUUCAAUGCAAUUGAGAAGUAAACAAGAACUGAGUCUUGCCUUACGGGAAGCAGCCGAAAAUAUGUUAAAUAAAUUGAGAGAUAUAUCACAAAACUUAUAUAUUCCUGAAAAAGAAUUUGCAAUUGAAAAUGAAAUUAGUAUGAUAGAAAAUAAAUUAACUGAAACAAUUCAAACAGUAGAUAAAGAAACACAAAGAUUAGAAAAACUCUCAAUGAAAUUAUGUGAACUUGAUUCAGGAUUAAACAAAAUUCAUGUCUGGUCUGUUGAAUCUGCUCCUGCUGUUAUAGAAAGAAUACAACAAGACCAAACAAAUCCUGAAGUUAAGGCUCGGGGAAUUGAAGAAGUUCAAGAUGAACUCCAAAAACAGCGAAAUAGCUUAGAACGCUUAACAGAAGAUUUACAUAGUUUUGAGAAAGAAAGUGAUACUAAUGAAACACAAAAACUCAGACAAGAUUUGGAUGAAGUAAGAAUGUCAAUUUUAAAUUUGGAGUGCAAUACUAAUCGUAAGAAUGAAGAAAUUAAUAUUGAUCUUAAUGAAUGGCAAGUUCAUAAAGCAAAGUUAGAAGAAAUUAGACAUUGGUUAGAAAAUGCUGAAAAAAUAAUAAAUACUGAUCAGAUAAAACCAAUUACAUUGCAAAUGGCUAAUGAUUGGCUACAAGAUACACAAUUGAUCAAUUUGGAGUGCCAAGAAAAAAUUGAAAAUCUUAAAACCAUUACUUCUGAGAACAAGACACCAGUUAUUUUAAAUGAAGUAGAUGCAAUUCAGUCUCGUUGUAUAUCUGUACAGUCAUCGGCAGUACAACAAAUUACUCGUCUACAAAGAUUGUUAUCUAACUGGAAUGAAUUAAAUGAAAAAGCUCAAAAAAUAGAAGAAAAAUUAAACCAACCGCUGUUAUCUGAAUUGAAGGAAUUAAAUUUAAAUCAAUCAAUUUCAAAAGAUUCACUCGAAAAAAAAUUAAUGGAACAUAAGGCAUUAACACAAGAACUUAAUGAAUGUCUUAGUGACAUUUCUGGUCUCUCACAAACCCUUAAUGGAUUAAACCAAAAUUUUUCACUUGAAACUACCAGUGAUAUUAAGGAAAAAUUGUCUACGUUAAAGGCCAAAAAUAAUGAAUAUUUAAAGCUAAUGCAUGAACAAAUGCAAACAAUUUCCAAAAUUAUUUCAAACAAAAAAGAACAUAAAAUCAAARUAAACACAUUUUGUGAAUGGUUAACUGAAUUGGAUUCAAAAGUAAAUAAAUGCAAUGUUGUUCCAAGUACUUCAAUUGAAGAAAUUUUGAAAAAGCUUCACACGUUUACUGAAGAACACUUGGAAAAACAGUCAUUAUUUACUGAAAUUGAAGAAGAUUUUAAAGAUUUUGAUGAUACAAAUGAAUUUUUAAUUUGGAAUGAAACAUUAUUAGGAAAAUUGAAGCAUGUUGAAUUUCAGUUUGAUACAAAUCAAGAUAAAAUUAAUCUAAUAAGUGAUAUAAGCGCAUGUUCUAAGGAAGUAGAGAUAUGGAAAAAUAAUAUAAUUUCAAUUGAACAAUUAUUACAACAAAGUAAAACUACUAUUCCUGGAUUAUCAUUUGCAGAUCAAUUUGAACAGUUGCAAUUGAAAUUGGAACAAAUUCAGGGGAAACUCAAAUCAAAAGAAGAAAAUGAACAGAAAGUAAAGGAUUGUCAAAAAAUAGUCAGUGAAAUAAAUGAUGAUUUGGUGAAAAAAAUUAAAAUAGUAGACAGUAAAGUUAAUGAUCACGUAUUGACAUUAAAAUCGUGGAAAGAUAUUGCUCUUGUAAUUCCAAAACUACAGAAAUUAAAAGACACAAGUGAACUAUUUAAACAGCUUAAGACUUUGGAAAAAGAAGGUGAAAUUCUAAUUCAGCUAGACAAAAGUAAUUCGAUAUUUGUGCAAAAUAAUUUAUUGGAUGUAAACUCAGAGUUGAUUGAUUUAAAAACUAAGAUUGAACAGUCAAUUGCAAAUUUAACAGAAUUGAACGAUAAUUGGUUAAAUAUGAACAAUGUUUUAAAUAAAAUAAAGACAACUAAAGAAGAAUGUAAAAAUAUUUUAGAAUCGAUAGAAACACCAAAUGAUUUAACUGAGGCUCAGGUAAUAGAAGAUAAAUAUAACAAAGCAUUAAAACAAUGUACAGCCUUACUGGAUGUAUUACCUGUAACUGAAGAAACUGUGCAAAAAAUGUUGACAUUAGCUGAAAAUUAUCCACAGUUAAAUGUUAAAAAAUUUAAUCAAAUCUACAAAAAAGACAUAGAGAGUUUGGAAAAACAUCAUGCUGACCUUAAAGAAAAAGCUGAAAUUGCACAUUCUCAACAAGUAAUUUGGAAACAAGUAAAUCAAACCAAAGAUAGUAUUUUACAAUGGUUAUCGGAUGUAAACAUUGAACUUUUAGAUUGCACAAACAAUUUAGAUGACAUUGAAAAAAUUAAAAACAAGCUCGUUAAAUACUCAGAAGAAAAAAACCUGAAUUUGGAUUUAAAAAAUAAUCUUAAUGAAAAAAUAAGUAAAUUACAAAAACUUAAUGGAAAUAAACCUAUUAUAACAUUAGAUUCAUUAAGAGUAUUGAUUAAUGAUCAAUUUGAUGACGUUGAAAGUAUUGCUUGUAAUUUAGUUCGUCUAAUUACUACUUUUUCUCAACGAGAAGAAGCAAUAAGAGCUGAAAUUAAGAAACGUACUUUUGAAAUUAAUCAAAUACGAGAAAAUGUUAAUAAGUGUGAUAACUUAAACAAUGAAUUAGAUACAUUAUUGAAUAAUUUAAAAUCUUGYCAAAAAUGCAAAAAUGAAUUGAUUAAAAUGAAUUUGAACAUAGACACUGUUAACCAUUCAGUAUCAGAAAUGACUGAAACUUUUCCUAUAAUUGUUGAAUCAACAGCAAUUAAGGAAUUAAAAAGUCUUAAGAAACGAUAUGAAAGUGUUGUUCAACAGGUUGAUAAAGUUGAAACAACAUUAAUGACAUAUUUAAAAAAACAUUUGAAAGAUGAUUUGAAUAAUCUUUUACAUUCGAUAAAAGGUAUUGAUGAAAAGCUAACAUGGUGUAAGCCUGAAGAAGAAAUUGAGAAAGAACAAAUAGAAGUUAAACUUGAAUCUGUUGAGGGUAUCAAAGGAAACUUAUCAGUGAUUAAAGAACAAAAAUCUAAAAUAGAUCAUGUCUUAGAAUACCUCAAUCAAUAUUCAUCAUCAGAUAUAGACUUGGAAGAAUUAAACAACAAAGAUGAGCUAUUAAGUGUUAACCUCGARAGCACUGAAAAACAAAUAAACAAAGURAAGGAUACUCUUAAAAAAAUUAUAAAUUUAUGGGUUGAAUAUCAAAAAUGUCUGGAUAAUAUCCUUCCAUUAGUAAAUGUUUUAGAAAAUGAUAUAAAAAUGUCUGUAGAAAUUCCUAUUGACAUGAAUUCGUUAAAUGUUAUUGAAGAAUAUGUAAAUAAAUUCCAGUUCAAUGUUGAUACAGCUAAACAAUUUUUGAAUGAACUUGAAACUUGUGUCAAAAAUAUCAAAUGCAUUGAUAGUAAGUCAACGUUAGAUAAUCAAGCUAUAAAAAUUAAACGAAAGUUAGAAUCUUAUCAAAAUAGCAUCAGUAAAUGUUUGGAAAGAAUAAAACAUUUAAAARAAAUGAAAAUAGAAUUUAAUGUUUCGUUUGAAAAAGCUAAUAAGUUAACAGAAGAAUUAAAUAAUAAAUUGAAAUCAAUUGAAACCACUCAAUCUUCUGGUAAAAAAUCUAUUCAAAAUGCCCAAUCAAAUUUAGGAAUUAUGAAAAAUCUUAAUAAACAACUUGAAGAAAGUCAACAAUUAGUAAAUGAUACAGUAUCGAAAGGUGAAUGUAUGUACCCUGAUAUAACUAUGGAAAAUCGGGAUGAAAUACGAUCCAAAGUUAAGCAAUUAAGAUUAGCUUUACAAAAAUCAUCUUUUGAUGAAAGCUGUAGUCAAAUUCAAAAUUGGCUUCAUGAAACAGAAGAAAAAUUCAAUGAUUGUAAAAAAUUAAAGAAAAACAAUGUUAUAGACAAAAAAACUAACUGCCAUAAUUUAAAAACAUUGAAACAAGAUUUGAUUACAUAUAAAGAUAAUAUUAAUCAAUUGAAAGAAAAGGUAACUCAAUUAAAUGAACCAGACAUAGAUCUAAAACUGAAAGAUUUUUUGAAAAAAUAUGACAAUAUUGAAUUAGGAGUGUUACAAGACGAAUAUUCAGUUACAGUGAACAAUGUUUCAGAAACUGAUUCUGGUGUGUUUAUGAAUAUAAUUUCACAUAAAUCUGAAGGAGAGUUACUACUAGAAAAAUGUAGACAAAUUGGAAGUACUGUAUUAAAAGAAACUGAUGUAGAUGCUUAA